AUGUACAUCCCCACCGCAACUCGUACUAGUCAGAUUCGUGAGGUCGAGCGUAUCUGUCGUAAGGGCAACUACUACAACCUGGAGGAGGACAAGAACUUCUUGAAGGAGGCGAAAGUUUCGGACCAGCUUCCGCUCAUCAUUCCUUUGCGAGUAAUCGAGGAUAGCUGUAGACUUAUUUGCACAGAACGGUCAAACAGGACCGCAUGUGAGCCGUAA